AUGGGCUGGCUGCCGUCAAUAUUCGGAGGGGGUAGCUCCAGCGACCCCAUUAGCAAGCUAGACCCCAAGCUCCGCGAGUUUCUAGACAAGGAAUCGCCAGUCAAAUACAACAAGUCGAAAGCACAGCCGGCAGCGUCAUCCUCUGCGACACCACCCACGACGCAAGAUGCUGCACCUCCCGUGACCGACAGCACAAAUAACACGGUGCCCUCCGAAAGUCUAUAUCAGGAUGGCCGCUACGCACAUCUGUGGAAGAACUACCGGCCGCUCGCGCAAAUCGAGGAGGAGACCACGACGGAGCAGGAAAAGCUCGUAAAGAUUCUCGAUGGGUACAAGGAGCGCAAGCAGGCGAUUGGCAUCGCGGCCAUGGAGAACUGCGCCGUUCAACAAGAGGAAUGGAUCAACUGCAUGAAAAAUGGGAGCUGGGCCGACCAACUACAAAUGUGCCGCCACCAAGUACACCGGUACGAGCGCUGCUAUACUAUGCAAUCGCGAUUUCUUCGUGCGCUAGGAUACGGCUCGGUGAUGGACCGCUCCCCGCAGGUCGAGGAGGACAUUCAGAUGCACGCCGACAAGCUCUUCAACCGCAUGCUGGACCACGAAAAGGCCGUCGCCAAGGCCAAGGAGGAGGGCCGGCCGGUGCCCGUGUUCGACUCGGUCGUGCCCAAGCCGUCGGCGCAGCUGCCCAGGCCCAACGAGGAGGUCGAGAAGACGUGGCGCGACAGCCUGGCCAAGCUGCCCGAGGACGAGCGCGCGGCCGAGGAGGCGGCGCUGCGCGCCGACUACCAGACAAAGGAGGACGUGGCCAAGAACAUCAAGGAGCUCAGGGACGCCACAAAGAAGGAGAGGGACGCCCGCCAGGCGGCGGGCGAGGCGACCCUGACGGACACGCUGUCUGCGCUGUGGGGUGGCGGCAAGGGAAGCAAGUAA